CCACUGGGUGCUUUGCCUAUGGAGCCCGUCUCGCCGCGUAAAAACGAGAUGGAGGGCAUCUCCUGGGGCGCCGACGGGUUCAAGGGUUUGAAGGACCACUACGAGGACCGCUUCGACGCGCGCUUCCUCGGCGGCCUGGGCCACUUCUUCGCCAUGUUCGACGGCCACGGCGGCCACCACGCGGCGGACUACCUCAAGGAGAGCCUGGCGGACCACGUGCUCGGCGCCGCCGUCGCGCGGACGCCCGACUACCGGACGCGGCUCGACGCGCGGCGCCACGAUGCGAAGCGGCGGCGCCUCGAGAAGGACGGCGCGGCCGCGCCGACGCACGGCGCCGACGCGCUGGACGUGCUGGGCCGCAUCGAGGACGCGGCCCUCGAGGUCGACGCGCGCGUCAAGGCCCUGAAGAGCGUGAGCUACGGCUCGCCGGAGCUCGCGGCGAUCGUCGACGACCUCGCGACGCGGCGCCAGUGGCUCGACAAGGCGUCGAAGAAGCGGCGCGGCGGCAAGGACGCGGCGGCCGCGCGGAGCGACGUCGAGCGCGCCGCCGCGGACCGCGAGCGGGCGCGCGCCGACGCCGCGGACGCCGCCGCGGCGCGCGCGACGCUGCCGCUGACCGACGACGCGUGGCGCCGCGCGUUCUGCGGCGGCUACGAAGCGGCCGACGCCGCGUUCCUCGCGGAGGCGGACCGGCGCAACUGGGACGACGGGUCCACGGCCUGCGCCUGUUUACUGUCCGUCGACGACGAGGCCGGGAGCCGGAAGCUGGUCGUCGCGAACGCGGGCGACAGCCGCUGCGUGCUCGCGCGGGGGCGCCACGCGUUCCGCGCGUCCACGGACCACAAGCCCGACGCGCCCGCGGAGAAGCGGCGCAUCGAGAAGGUCGGCGGCUACGUGGUCGAGCUCAACGGCGUGGCGCGCGCGACGUCGCCCGCGGGCGUCGGCUUCGGCAUCGACCGAACCAAAAAAUCGCUCUACCUGUCCGUCGCGCGGGCAAUCGGCGACCGCCAGCUCAAGAGCCCGACGCCCGUGCUGACGCCGACGCCGGACGUGCGCGUGCUCAACCUCCAGGACGACGACUUGUUCGUCGUGUUGGUCUGCGACGGCGUCACGGACGUGCUCAGCGACCAGCAGAUCGUCGACGUCGCCGCGAAGCACUACGGCGACCCGGCCGAGGCCGCGAAGAAGAUCGUCAAGGAGGCCUUCGCGAAGCAGGCCGCGGACAACAUCACGGCCCUCGUCCUCGAGUUCCCCUGGGUCGACGCCGCCAAGGUCGGCCGCGUCUGGGCCGAGUCGGAGAAGCAGCUCAAGGUCGCCCUCCAGGAGAAGAAGGACGACGAGCCCUUCGACAUGUUCGCGUAG